AUGGCUGCUAGAGCCGCGGAGGCCAGGCGGAAGAGAGAAAAGAGUGUGGACAUCCAUGCAGAGCCAUUGAGCUCGACAGACGAGGAAGAGCUGGAGAAGACACCGGAGCCUACGCCGAGGUCGAAGAGGCUACUCAAUGGCAUGAAGCGCGAUGACGAAAAGAUCAAAAAGAACCAGCAAAGCCUGAAGGAGACCAAGGAGCUGGCAGAACUGGAGAGCAGAAAGAGCGCUGGAGCGAAGCAGGCGCGAAGGAAGAAGCUGCAGGACGAUCCGACGGAGCUGACACUCGUCCAUGGAGAGGAGAAAGCCACAAGUACAGGUACAGGGACAGGGACAGGGGCAGGGGCAGGGGAGCUCUCUGAAGACGAAGCAAAGUUCAUGUCGUGGGAGGACGAACGUGCGGCGAAAAGGAAGAGGGUCGGCUCUGCGAAGACGACGAGCUCAUGA